UAAUGAGCCGCACCAAGACGCACCGCCCGGGUCAGAGGGGCGGGGUCAUGGUGCUGAGGUUUCUUCCUGUGAGCUAAAGGAAACGGACUGAAGGAUUUUCCCAUUCACCCAGCAGCAGCCUUAUUGUAAACACAGUGUAUAUAAAGCUGCGACAUGGAGCCGGACACAUUGACAACUCCGCAGGAUCAAGAUGAAGAGAUCCGUCAGUCUGCACAUCAUGCUUUCAGUGAGCUCGCUGCUCAUCUUCAACCACCACCCUUCAUCCUCAUCCUCUUCCUCCUCCUCCUCUUCCUCUGCUGCUGACGGCAGGUCCAGCAAGUGCAUCGACCUGCGCCAGGUGAACAGGACGGUGAGCAGGCUUCAGAGGUACUGGGAGUACUGGAACGAACUGUGGCUCCCAAAAAACCUGCAGGACACACGGACGUGCGCGCAGGUGGCCAAGGACAUGCGCGGAGAGCUGAGUAACCGCUCGCUGUCCCCGUGGAGGUACAGACUGAACCGAGAGGAAAACAGGGAUCCUCACGAGAUCCUGUUUGCCGAGUGUCUCUGUGAAGGCUGCAUCAUCAACCAGCGUGAAGACAUGAGCUACAACUCUGUGCCUGUGUUCGCUCCGCUGACGGUCCUGAGAAGAACUCUGUGUCCAAAUGACCCAAACAAAUACGAGGUGAAAAAGGAUUUUAUUGAAAUCCCUGUGGCCUGCACAUGUGCUGUGCCAAAGUACGCUGAAUGAUCAAAGAAACUAUCGCAAUCACAUUGGUGCUGAUUCUUUAUUAACCAAGUUAACCAAGAACUAAAUAUUCCCUCCUGCAGCUGGGGGUUAAAUCUAUUUCAAUGUGAUCUCUGAAGGUGUCACUAGUUAUUUUUGUUUGUGGGAAAUGUUUUUUCAUAAUUGACUAAUUUGACAGUGUUUUGUGUCAGUUUGAGCCAAAGUGAAACCAGAACUUCUGAUGUCACGUUAGCGGCCCUCAGUAGCUCUGAGGACGACAGUUUAAGGCCCCGAUCAGAGAGUCAGAGUGUUUUGCAGGUUGUAAAACACAAGGUGCACCGCACUACCUUUUUGGUUGAAUCCCGCCCUGAUCAGACGGAGCGCUUUCUGCAGCUUGCUGCGUCUUUUUUAUGUAAUAAUAAUACAGUUUAUUUAUACAGCACUUUUACAGCUCUCAAAGAUGCUUUAAAUUUAAAACCAAAGAAAAGAAGUAUACAUAUAAGUGCAAAGAGAUAAACAGAAGACAAGGACGAUAUACAACAACAAGGUGCAAAAGCAUAGUGCAAAACAAAGAAAAGGAGGGUGCAUGAGAAACAGAGAACAAAAAGCUAAUGUUAAAGGUUAAAAGCGGAUUUGAAAAGGUGGGUUUUGAGGAGUGAUUUGAAGGUGGAUGGAUUUGGACAGUCACGGAUGUGUAUAGGGAGAGUGUUCCAGAGGGAGGGGGUGGCUAUGGAGAAGGCGACAGAGCCUUCUCCAUAGGGGGUUCGAUCAGAUUUUGGUGGUCAAAGGUCAAGGUCACUGUGACCACGUCUGUCCCAUUCUUGUGAAUGCGAUAUCUCAAGACCGCCUCGAGGGAAUUAUUUGAAAUUUGACACAAACGUCCACUUUGAGUCAAGGAUGCAGAGGUGGGACCAAGUCAACUCCCAAGUCCUCUUCAACAAACACGUUGCCAAUAUUAAAUUUACAAAACUCAUGAAGGCUUUUAAAAAUGUACUUCUUAAAGCAGGUUUAUUAAAAAGUUCCUUAGCUGUUAAGCUAACGUUACAUGAGCAUUAGCUUGCUAUGUUAAUGUUAGCCUCCACUUACUGAUCUUUGUGCAGCUAGAAAUGUCGAACGAAGUUGGGAGUUGUUGCAUCUUUGUCUGUAACUUUUGACCCGCAUGUUUUGCAUACCGCAAUUCGCCCUGUUAACAAACAAAAAAUAAAAUAAUGAAAUGUUACUGUUGUAGUGGCUCCAGGUGGAGCUGGGAGCGUGCCUAUGUUCCCACAGCUCUAUGUUCCCACAGCUCUAUGUUCCCACAUUUCCUUUUUCAUAAAUUUAUAUCAGAUUUACAUACGCGCAUGUACCCACGAACAUAAAUAUGUACAUACAUAAUGUAUGUAUUCAGGUACAUAUGCAUGUGUGUGUAUGUAUGUAUGUAUGUGUAUGUAGGUAUGUAUAUGCAUAUAUGUAGCAUGUGAUUGUAUUACAUGUAUAUACCGUAUGCGUAUUUGUACUUAUCUGGUUUUGUUUGUCUGACUUAAGGAAAUGAAAACAAGGGUUCGCUAUCUAUAAGCUCUGCUUCAGCCGAAACCCUUUUGUGAUUGUGACGAUUUCUGCUGCUGCUGAUCGAAAUAAAAUUACUCAUUCAUUCAUUUACUAUGAAGUGCUUCCAAAAAAUCUUGUGGGAGGAUAGGGCUUAAAUUGAAGGGAAAUGUAGAAACACAAGACCUAAUUUUGAAAAUGUCCUAGAAAUGUGGGAACAUAGGGUUUAAUUUUGAGAAAAAUCUUAGAAAUGUGGGAACAUCAGGCCUAAUUUUAAGAAAAAUCUUAGAAAUGUGGGAACAUAGGGUUUAAUUUUGAGUAAAAUCUUAGAAAUGUGGGAACAUAGGGUUUAAUUUUAAGACAAAUCUUAUAAAUGUGGGAACAUAGGGCCUAAUUUUAAGAAAUUUUACGUGAGGCCAUGAAGAUGAGGCCAGACGGCGUUCCGUCUCCAUAGCUUCAGCUCUCUGUGCUUCCGCUCUGAUUUCCAUCUUUCCGGGCCUAUUUUGGGGCUUAGUAUCAUUUUCAGCUUCUUAAAAUAUGAAGGAGAUAGUGACAGUGAUAGUGAAAUACUGGCUACAGCUGUGUGACGAAACAGCAGAAACACCAAAAUAACCUGAGCAUCAAAUGGAAUGUAUUCAUAAUAAAUAAGCCACAAUAAUCUAAAUAACCAGCGUCGAUUAAUCAGUCAGAGAGAAUGUGUGUGUGUGUGUGUGUGUGUGUGUGAUAUACAGGCAGCAGCAACAGCGACCCUCCUGUUGACACCGACACACGUCAGCAGCCGUAGGGAUUUAGGACUGUUGGCAGAGAAUGCAGCAGCAAGCGAACACGCCGUCUGCUGACAGGUUUAAACCGACUUGGCCAGCAGACUUUGCUACAAGUUGAUUGGCAGUAGAAACUGGCGGCUGCUGGUGAUUUGACCAGCAAAGUGUCAGGUGACACCAUCAGUCGGCUUGAGUCGAGCUCAGACCGGCCAGUUCACACCGCUGCACCCUUUCUGUAUAAACGGUUUUAUCUCAAAGCAAAUCUCUGGUCUAAAUUAAGCUUUAGACAUCUGAACCUCUUUUUUGUAACAUGUCAAAAGCAAAAGCUAAACAUGUCAAAUAUCGUCUGAAAAGUAACCAGUUAGAAUAACGUCAGAUGAACAGAGUGCAGUAAACAGUAGAGAUAUAGUGGAGUUGAAGUAUGACGCAGCAUAAAAUGGAAAUACUCAAGUAUAGUUCAAGUACCUCAAAAUCGUACUGAAGUCAGGCGUCAGAGCCGCCGUCAGAGAUGGUCAAAGGGUACAGAUGACCCCGGCCCAAGGCCAAGGGGGUCUAUGGCUGACCUUUAAAUGAGAUCAAAUGCAACAAUUUACCUACUGACGUAUAUCACUGACAAUACAAGUUAUAUGUAUUUACAUGAUAAAUAAAUGUAUUUGAACACAUUUCAACGUGCCAUCUGAUGCCCAUGCCCCGGUUCUUAUUAAUGCCUCUGCACACUGGGGGUCCGUAAACAGUCUUGAAAUUGCAUCCAGUAAGUUUCGACACAAACUUCCAAUAAAUACAGCCAUAUAAAUUUUAAUCCAAGCCCAGUCAAAAACUGCUUACUGGCAUGAAUUUAAAUACCGUGGCCUACUUCAGCUGGUGACAUAAGCCAUCUAGUGGUGUGGUGGGAUAAUACCUUUAACACAAAUCAAACAUAUGGAUCCAAAAAGAUAGAGGUACAAGUAGAUACAAAAUACACGUGUAGAUAGGAUUAAUUGAAAUAUAUUCACAGGAAGUAUAAAAACGUGCAGGGUGGGUGUGGAUGAGGGGCCCACUUUUGAAAAUGUUGUCUCCCUGCCCAUAUUUCCUAACGGCUGGCCUGACUGAAGUCCAGUACUUGAGUAGAUGUACCUGGUUAAACGACCGCCUACCAGCUCCCCUGAAGCUCACCAACUGACAGAUUAUAUCUCAUUUGCUUUACCAGCAACAGUUCCAAAAACCUCAACCCAAACCAGGCUAGCUGUUUCCACCUGUUUCCAGUCUUUAUGCUAAGCUAAGCUAACUGUCUCCUGUCUGUAGCUUCAUGUCUAACUGACAAACCUGAAAGUGUUGUCGAUCUUCUCGCCUCGGCAGGACAGUGUGUUUCUCAAAAUGUCAAACUAUUCCUUGAAAGCAGGACAGUAUUAGACACGUGCACGUUAAGCUGCACGCGUGUUACUUUAGUCUCUAAAACACACUUUGAUUAAUUUACAUUUAAAAACUGUAAAACAUCAAACUCCUCUCUGAGUUUCGGAGCUUUGUGAAGUCCUGUGUUUAUGAAAUGAGCCUCAUCAGGCUAAAUCAGAAUCAGAAUCAGAAUCAGAAAUACUUUAUUGAUCCCCGA